CAUUCGAAUAUAUUCUAAAUCUAGGUCGAAUUCACCUUGGACAACAGCGUUUCGUGGUGCAGAUUCGACGCGCUUUUGCGUAUAAAAGAAGCCGGUGUUGAAGCAAACGACAGAAUCAAACAAACUUCAAAAUGAACAAGGUACUCAUCACUCUCGCACUUCUUCUUGCCGUGACUGUGGCCGUGCCACAAGGAAGACGAUUCGGCGGUGGCGUUGUAGGACUUCGCCCCAUUGGUGGGGGUUUCGGUGGACUUGGAGGAUUAGGUGGAUUUGGUGGAUUCGGUGGCAGCGGAAGCGGUGCCGGUGCUGGAACAGGAUCAGCAGGCUUUGGAGGAGUUACAGCUUCAGGAGUCGGCAUUUCAAGCGCCCAGAACGGUGGAUUCGGUACAGGCAGUGGAAGUGGAGCUGCUGGAUCCAGCCUUUUCACCGGCCAGAACUUCGCCACUGGUACCGGUAGCGGACAAAGCUUCGGCAAAUAAGUGUUCUUAAAGGCAAAAUCGACUCCCUAACAUAUUGACGGAAUAUUUUGUAUUCUAUGUACAAAACUUUUAUGAUUAAUAAAUAAGAUAUCUGCUGUA